AUGAACUGGCUCAAGUCUACCCUUGCAAGUGUUGCGGGCACUCAGGAGCCCAUCUAUGGCCCCGAGGCCAUUCAGUCUGUCGCCCAACAAGCUCAGCAGACCCCUUAUACCGAGUUGACCAAGGACGACCUGCGGUGGCGUGCCUAUCAGUAUACCAAUGUUGAGACUGAGACCUUCUACGUGAUGGCCGACAAUGGCACUGUGGUGAUGGUGCAGGUCAUCUACUCCAACAUCGCAGGAAUCCACACUACUGCGCAAUUCAACUCAAAGAUCUUUAACCUCAAAGGCGAUCAACCUCACAUCUGGCACUCCGACCCCCUGUACAACUUCAUGUUCGAUGAGAACAUGCUCUCCUUUGGAGCUGACAACCUCGCCUUGACACUGAACGAGGAGGGAACUGCGUACACCAUCAAAUCCGCCGUCAACGAGGACAGCCUGGUGAAUCUGACGUUCACCCGCACCGCCCCCGGUUUUGUCGUAGGAAAGGACGGUACAUCUUACUUCGGGACCGACCCCGCGAACCCCUGGGGGUCUAUGAUGCAUGCCUUCUGGCCUCGGUGCCGUGUUGAGGGCACCAUCACGACGAAGGAGAAGACCUAUGACCUCACUGGUCGGGGAAUGUUCAUUCAUGCUAUCCAGGGCAUGAAGCCCCAUCACGCUGCUGCACGAUGGAACUUUAUCAACUUCCAGACCCCGUCAUACUCUGCUGUGAUGAUGGAAUACACCACACCGCCAUCGUACGGCUCGACGGUCGUCAAUGUCGGUGGCAUCGUGAAGGACGAUGAGAUUAUCUAUGCCGGCGCAACGAACUCGGCUACCCACACGGCGUCGGCCCAUGACGCCGACAGCGACUGGCCUGCUCCGACUUCCAUUAAGUGCGUUUGGGACGGUAAGUCCAAGGACGGAAAGGACGUCCACGCAGAGCUCGACGGCCCCCUUGGUAACCGGCUGGACCGCGUCGAUGUCAUGGCUGAAGUACCAGGCUUCGUCAAGACCAUCGCUGGAAGUGUUGCUGGGACACGGCCGUACAUAUUCCAGGUGAGUCUUUCUUUAGCAACUGGCGGGAGCGUUGUCAAGCUAACAAUUGGCCAGUAUUCUCCUCAGGAGAAACUGUCUCUGAAGCUCAAGAUCGGCGCUGAGGAGUUCUCAGAGGAGGGUUCCAUGUUCUCUGAGGCUACGUUCAUCUCAUGA